UAAAAGGGAAAAAUCUCAAUUCCGGGCUUCAGGAGAGAGGAGAAGCCAAGCCAUGGAUGCGGCGGAGGCGGAGACGGAGCUAAAGAAGGGGUUUGAGACCCUGGAGGUGGUCCAGAAGGACCGCUCCGUCCCGGUCUACCACAUCUACCUGAACCGGCCGGCCCAGCGCAACGCCCUUACCCUCCCCUUCUUCUCCGAACUCCCCCGCGCCCUCGCCGCCCUCGACCGCCUCCCCUCCGCCCGUGCCCUCGUCAUCUCCGCAGGCCCCCACUUCUGCGCCGGCAUCGACCUCUCCUCCCUCGCCUCCAACCGCGCCCCCUCCUCCGACGACCCGGCCGCCGUCCGCGAGCUCCUCCGCCGCCGGAUCCUCGCGCUGCAGGAUGCGAUCUCGGCCGUCGAGCGCUGCCGGAAGCCGGUGGUGGCGGAGAUCCACGGCGCCUGCGUCGGCGGCGGGGUCGACCUCGCCGCCGCCUGCGACAUCCGGUGCUGCUCCGAGGACGCCUUCUUCUCCGUCAAGGAGGUCGACCUGGCCCUCGCCGCCGACCUCGGGACGCUUCAGCGCCUGCCGGCGAUCGUCGGGUACGGGAACGCCGCCGAUCUGGCGCUCACGGGGCGGCGGGUCUCGGCGUCGGAGGCCAAGGCGAUGGGGCUCGUCUCGAGGGUUUUCCCCUCUCGCCAGGCGUUGGAGGAGGGCGUCGCCGCCCUCGCCGGUGGGUUGGCGGAGAAGUCGAGUUUGGCGGUGAUGGGAACGAAGGCGGUGCUGCUGAGAAGCAGAGAUCUGACGAUGGAUCAGGGGCUGGACUACGUCGCUACAUGGAACGCGGCGAUGCUCAUGUCACGUGACCUAGAGGAGGCCGUCUCCGCCCGGCUCCAGAAGCGGAAGCCCGUCUUCUCCAAGCUGUGAGACUUUUUGGGACCAUUUAAUAAUUUAGUUCAGAAGUAGUGUAUGAAUUUAUGCUCUACGAUCGUUAGAUAAGUGGACCCUUUUCGGUCCUAUGUAUUACCUUAAUCUGGCUCUGGGGGGCUCGACAUAAAUCGCUGGCAUGGUGUUAAAAAAGCAAUUUUAUAGUACUUUGAUCAAUAUCUAAAUUGAUGUGGCUGAUAUAAUA